AUAAUUUUUGUUUAUUUCGUCGUGUGAGUGAACAAUUUCAUGUUUCCAGGUUUUUGACAGAAAAUAUUUCCCAUUUUGGUUUCAUCGAAUACAGGAGUCGUUUUCUCAAACAGUUAUCCAUUUCAUAACUACUUUCCCACGGAAAGAUAGAGCAAAUCUUUCACUUUCAGUGUCCAGCGGUUAGGUCAAGAAGCCGUCACACGCCUGAGAUUUUGCAGCUAAAGGUGUGAGAAUAUUCUGCGACUCAGAAAAGUAUCAGUGAUUCAAGGUGUGUUAACUUGAGAUGUCAGUGGCGGGAAUAUCACAAAGUAUCCAACAGGUUGAGGUUGUCAAGGCCAAGGUCAAUGGAGAGUUAGAAAUAAACCAUAAUAACAGUGCUGUCAAUAUAGCAGAGAAACCAGCAGAAGAGAUGUCUGUCCAAACUCAGAGUAAUGGACCUGAGGGAUCACGAGACAUGGACGAUGUGAUCCACACCCAGAAGCUGUUUGCUGUUGGGCGGUCAGAACCUGUCCGUCUGCGCAUGUCGGAGAGAGGGCCUGGAGCAGUCAAACCCAUCACCGUCCCCACCCUGCUGCGUCAGGUGGCGCAGAAAGUACCAAACAACGUCGCUCUUGCUGUGAAACGCAAUGGGCAGUGGGUGAAAUGGACAUAUAGUCAGUAUUAUGCAACUGUAUGUCGCACAGCCAAGGCAUUUAUCAAGCUCGGCUUGGAACCCUGCAGUGGUGUGGGCAUUAUUGGUUUCAACUCUCCGGAAUGGUUUUUUGCUGAUCUGGGAGCUAUAUUUGCUGGUGGCCUGGCUACUGGAAUCUACACCACCAACACACCUGAGGCGUGCCAGUUUGUCGCUAGUAACGCCAAGAUUAACAUCAUCGUGGCGGAAAACAACAUGCAGUUGGAGAAGUUCAUCAAGAUCAAGGACCAGCUUCCUCAUCUCAAGGCCAUCAUCCAGUACAGUGGAGAAAUCGCCCACAGAGAGUCGUUUGUCUACUCAUGGGAAGAUUUUGUGAAGCUGGGAGAUGAUGUCCCUGACUCUCAGUUGGAAGACCGAUUGAAGGAUGUUGCCCCGAACAAGUGUUGUACUCUUAUAUACACAUCUGGGACCACCGGGAACCCUAAAGGAGUCAUGUUGAGCCAUGAUAAUGUCACAUGGACAGCCAAAGCAACAGGUGAUGCCAACAAGCUACGCUUUGGUGAGGAGAUUUCGGUCAGUUAUCUCCCUUUGAGCCACGUGGCAGCUCAGGUGUUGGACAUAUACCUGCCGAUAUCAUUUGGAGGAACAGUCAACUUCGCCGGGCCUGACGCUCUGAAGGGAACACUUGGCCAGACACUGAAGGAGAUUCGGCCCACAUCUUUCUUCGGUGUACCACGAGUGUGGGAGAAGAUGAUGGAGAGAAUGCUGGCCAUUGGCAAAGAGACCACUGGCUUGAAGAAGAAGAUUAGCACCUGGGCGAAGGGAGUUGGUCUAAAGGGAAACUACAAUCUUCAGAAUGGUUUUUCGAAGCGAGGAAAAUCGUGUAAACGUGCUGGAUUGCCUUUUGGUUUUGGUAUUGCGAAUGCUCUGGUUUUCUCCAAAGUUCGUGCUGCUCUUGGAUUUGACCGCUGCAGGUUUUUUAUCUCUGGAGCAGCUCCCAUCACCAGGGAUACCCUGGAGUACUUCCUCAGUCUCAACAUCCCAAUAGCAGAGGUGUAUGGCAUGAGUGAGUCUUCAGGUGAGUACUUCCUCAGUCUCAACAUCCCAAUAGCAGAGGUGUAUGGCAUGAGUGAGUCUUCAGGUCCACACACUUUUGGCCGAGAUGGUGCUGAAAACCGCAUAAUGAGUGUUGGUUUUGAGUUUGGUGGCAUUCAGACAAAACUUGCAAAUAUCGACAGUGAUGGCAAUGGAGAGAUCUGCAUGUUUGGCCGCGAUGUGCUGAUGGGCUACCUGGAGAACGAAGAGAAAACAAAAGAGACCAUGGAUGAAGAAGGCUGGCUACACAGUGGAGACAUCGGGAAGAAAGAUAAAGAUGGCUUCCUCUUCAUCACUGGUAGAAUCAAAGAGAUAAUCAUCACAGCAGGGGGGGAGAAUAUCGCCCCGGUGCCCAUCGAAGAUGUGGUGAAGGAGUGCAUCCCAGCCAUCAGCAACUGUAUGUUGAUCGGAGACAAGAAGAAGUUCCUGGCUCUGCUGAUAACUCUUAAGACGGAGGUUGACCCCGACACCCUAGAACCUCAGGUCCAACUGACCGCACCGGCCAUGGAGUGGUGUAGGGCGCAAGGAAGCACAGCAACCACUGUCAGUGACAUCCUUGACAGACCGGACACGGCAGUGUUGAAGGCAGUCCAGGCAGGCAUCGACAAGGCCAACAGUCGGGCUGUAUCUAGAGCAGCUAAAAUCCAGAAAUGGUCAAUCCUGCCCAAAGACUUCUCAAUACCUGGAGGAGAGCUAGGUCCAACCUUGAAACUUCGCCGUCCAAUUGUAGCAAAGAUGUACCUGAAAACAAUAGAUGCUUUUUAUGCAGAGAAAUAAUAUCUCUCCUGUCCUGUGCAAUUGACUCCCACCAAAAUGAACAAAUAAUAGUGCAAGCCAUCAAACCAUGACACCAUUACGUGGACAGAAGUAUGGAAGUGUUAUUUCCAUCGGGGUGUACGGUGACAGCAAGCACCCUGUCUUACGUAACAGCUGAAGAAGAAAUGUCUGACAGUGUCUGUUUAGAGGAUACGAAGAAGGGAGACAUUUGUCGUUUAUCCCAAACUGGAUUUUCAUGGCCUGGGAGACCAUUUCACACUCACUUAGAACAUUAAUAAUCAGAUUUAAUUGCAUAAUUUUCCACUCUCUGUUUAAUACAGUACCCUGUGUUAGGAAACAUGUAAAACAUGUCAAUGUGUGUCAUUAUUUGAAAAUAUCAAUGACACCCACAAAGUAAUCUUAACGUUAUGUUUGUGGUAAGUCUUUGUCUAGUUAAGGGCAUUACUACCAUCUUGAUGGUAACACCACUCUGUGGAAUGGACACCUUAUAGUUGGUGCCAAUAUCAGGUUUUUCCUGUUGGUGUUCUGUUAUAUUAUGAUGGAGAAGGGGUCGGUGGAGUAGCCCAGUUGUUAAAGUGUUCGCUUGUCAAAACCCGGGUUUGAUUCUCCACAUGGGUACCAUGUGUGAAGCCCAUUUCUGGUGUCCCCUGCUGUGAUAUUGCUGGAAUAUUGCUACAAGCAGCGUAAAACCCAACUCACUCACUAUGAUGAAAAAAUAAUUUGUCUACACAAUAACAUGACAAUAUUUUGGUUCACCAAUCCACAUAUCUGACUUCCUACUCUUUGCCAUUUUGUUGAAUGCCCAAUAGCUUUGUGCAUGGCAGUAGUAUUUGCUGUUAACAACACAGCUUAGACUGUUGUUUACAAAUGCAGUAUGAAAGUGUUUAUGGAAAGAAUCCAGUCAUCUAAAAAUUAGAUGUUAUUGAUAAUAUACUACUCAAAAAAAAAACCAAAAAAAACCUUAAUUGGAAGGCUUUGUGCUGUAAUACCCAUAACUUUCACAGAUUAUCUAUAAUCACAGGAACUAAAGUAUGGCUAUUUAGGUUAUUUCGUGUGGAAUAUAUCAUGCAUAGCAAGAGUGCCGAUAGGAUUAUUAUUGUUUUGCUGUUAAAUAUGGUAUGGUGGAGAUGACCUCUAUGAAAACCCAUCAUUCCUCUCGCCAUAUCAAAUGGGUACCACAUGUCUCAGUGUGGCCAUUAUCAGGGAACGUUCAGAAGUAAUUGGGGUGGGGUGGGGGAUUGUACAUUAAAACAAUAUGCUUAAAAUGUAUUUUUUUGGGGGUGGGGGUGUUCAUUGAUUUUGUACAUGACAUACAGUCAGUUACUUUGGACAUAAAUUUCAGGGAAGGGGGAAGAGAGAAGGUCACUGACUUUGUACAUGCCUCUCCAUAAAAAUCAUCUCUCUCACUCCCUCAUUCACACUCCCAAGCGCGCGAGCGCACGCACACACACACACACCCACACACACCCUUAGCAAACCUUCAGAACACAAACAGGACAGGGGAACCUUACCACAAACAGGACAGGGGAACCUUACCACCAGAAGUUAAUAAUCAGCUGCAAAGACUUUUGCAUUCUUGGAAUUGUGAAAAUAUUUUUUUAGUAGUUGUAGAAGCCAGUCCAGCAAGGCAAAAAUGAUCAUGACUAUAUUAAUAGUUUCAUUCACCAUUUAAUCAUCUUUAAAUCAUCCAUAUUUUAUUUCAUGUUGAAUUCUAUAGAUCUGUAGUGUUAAUCAGAACAUAUCCAAGAGUGUGGUUGCCUUGUAUUCUGUCAACUGUCAGGCCCAACAGAUACUUCAAUCAAACUUUUCAAUUUUACCAUAUUUAGUCAAUUUUUAUGAGAAGAACUAAGAGAAAUAUGUUGGAACAAAUAUUUACAUAUUAAUUUACAUCAGUGUAAUUUAUGCAUAAUUUCUUCAAUAUUUUCUGUACGUUUUUAAUAUAUUUACAUUUGAAAAAAUGAACAUGUCAACACACAUUGUACAUAAACAUUUAUUGUGUGUGACAAGUUUGAAUCACAAAUGUGACUGAAUUACUUGAAAGGCAGUUAUGCAUAAUGUAUGAAUCGUUGAAUUAUUUUCUUAUCGACUGUUCAUCCUAUUUUGUGUGGUUGGAGUUUAAUCAAAAUUUGUUCAUCAGGAUCUGUUUGGAAAUUGACAGUGGAUCUCAAUUGUUUAAAUCUGUUUGAAUAUGGUUUAUAUUUUGUUAUUGUCUCAUUGCAGUAUACGUAAUGACUAUAUCUGUGGUAAGGUACUGCACAGUGUUUGUGGAUGGUGUCAAGUUCAUGCUGUGAUAAGGCAGGAGAAAUGCUAAAAGCAGCAAAACCCAACUCACUCACUCACUUGUAUUGCAAUGUGUUGAGCCAAAUGUGAUGAUGGGAAGAGUGAGAGACAGAAAUCACUGUAUCACCGAAGCACAGACUUGCUGACAACAGAUCAAUCAAUUCAAAAUUUGUUGAGACAAGAAUAUGGUGUUGUUGUUUUUUUUUAAUUAUUGAUAUUUCUUCAAUAAUUUAUGGUAUUUUAUACAGAGGCUUAAACAGUUUGUUAUUGAUUGGCACAAUAAUUUGUACUGCAUUAAUUGAGUCUACUAGAAUCUCAGACAUUACUCAGGACUAAUUUUGAUGAUACUUGAGACUUAUGAAUAUGAAGUGUUGUUCACUAACAUCAUCCCGUUGCAUUCCAGUGUAGUCUCUCAUCAAGACGUAAUAUCUUGAAUAAACUGUUGAAUAUUAUGUAUAUCAGUACAUAAUGUCAGUAUAUAUUUUAUAUAGAGAAUAUGGUAUAACUUUAUUUACACUAAGCUCAUAAUUGACCACAGUGUACAUUAGGGAUUAGUCAAAACAUGUUUGAAUGUUUGUUGUUGAAUAAACUGCAAUAUAAAUGAA